CAUGCCCAUAGUUUACCGCGGACGCGCUUUUUUAACUUUAACGGACGGUAACGGCAGUGUGGAUUUUCAAAACAAAUAUCCCAAAAAUAAAACACAGUGGCAAAGAGCGCAGCAACAAAAAUAAAAACUCAAAUGGAAAAGUUAAAGUGUAGAGAAUAGCCACAAAAAACAAGAAAGAAAGAAAAAUAAAAGAGCAAAGAACACUUAUGUAUAUUACUUAAUUGCCUACUCUAAUAGAUGGAAUAAUCGUUUUGUCUUAACUAAAUAAAUAAGUCACGGGGAAAAAGUACGUUUCCUUUUCAUUUUCUAAAUUGUCUGUGCGGAUAUCUUAUCAAGAGCAAACCAAACCCGGAGUAACAAACAUAGUCGCAGUGACCAUUGCCACAUCAAAAUGGCUUUGGAAGUGUUGAAGGAUCCCCAAAUGAUAUCGCCGGCAAGCGUAUUUUACUUCCUUUUGCUGCCGCUGCUUUCGCUAUGGUACAUUUAUUGGCGUAUGUCGCGUCGCCAUCUGUACGAGUUGGCUGAUAGAUUGCCGGGACCCAAAGGAUUACCCAUUGUGGGUCAAUUGUUUGAUGUGUUGGGGCCAGCAUCAUCUGUUUUCAGUACGGUCAUUCGCAAAAGUUCCGAAUUUCCUCACGUGUGUAAAAUGUGGCUUGGUCCCAAGUUGUUGGUAUUCAUCUAUGAUCCCAAAGAUGUGGAAAUUCUACUCAGCAGUCAGGUGUACAUCGAUAAGGCAUCGGAAUAUAAAUUUUUCAAACCAUGGUUGGGCGAUGGUCUUUUAAUCAGUACAGGUCACAAAUGGCGUUCACAUCGCAAGUUGAUUGCACCCACAUUCCAUUUGAAUGUUCUGAAGAGUUUCAUUGAUCUAUUCAAUGAGAAUUCGCGCAAUGUGGUGCGUAAACUUCAGUCAGAGGGUGGCAAGACGUUCGACUGUCACGAUUAUAUGAGUGAGGCCACCGUUGAGAUUUUAUUGGAAACCGCCAUGGGCGUAUCGAAGAAAACACAAGACAAAUCCGGUUACGAAUAUGCCUUGGCCGUUAUGAAGAUGUGUGAUAUUCUCCACUUGAGACAUCGUAGUUUGUUCCUGCGCAGUGAAUUCAUCUUCACCCUCUCCAAAUACUACAAAGAGCAAGGCAGACUUCUAGACAUUAUACAUGGCCUCACAAAGAAAGUCAUCAAAUACAAGAAGGAAGCAUUUAAAAUGGGCACCAGAGGAUCUUUGGCCAAAUAUGAGUGGACAGAAAAUGGUGAACUAAUAACGGAAAGUUUAAAUGGCAAUGGCAAUGGCAAUGCCCAGAAGGAGGAAAAGGUAAAAGAUGAGAAAGUUACUACUGUCGAAGGUUUAUCUUUUGGCCAAGCUGAAGGCUUAAAAGACGACCUGGAUGUGGAUGACAAUAAUGUGGGUGAAAAGAAGCGUUUGGCAUUUUUGGAUUUACUCUUGGAGAGUGCACAAAAUGGAGCAACUAUAACGGAUACAGAAAUCAAGGAACAAGUGGACACCAUUAUGUUUGAGGGUCAUGACACCACUGCUGCUGGAUCAUCUUUCUUCCUCUCCUUGAUGGGCAUACAUCAGCAUAUACAAGAUCGGGUUAUUGAUGAAUUGGAUGAGAUUUUCCAGGGUUCCGAUAGACAUUGCACAUUCCAAGAUACAUUGGAAAUGAAAUAUUUGGAGAGAUGUCUAAUGGAAACAUUGAGAAUGUAUCCACCAGUGCCAUUAAUUGCCCGUGAAUUGCAGGAAGAUUUGAAAUUGGCCUCGACGGAUCAUGUCAUACCAAGGGGAGCUACAAUCACAGUAGCUACCAUCAAGUUGCAUCGCAAUCCUUUGGUCUAUAAGAAUCCCAAUGUUUUCGAUCCCGAUAACUUUUUACCCGAACGUCAGGCGAAUCGUCAUUAUUAUGCAUUUGUUCCCUUCUCGGCUGGACCAAGAAGUUGUGUGGGUCGCAAAUAUGCCAUGCUAAAACUGAAGAUUCUCCUUUCCACCAUUCUGCGUAACUAUCGUGUCUAUUCUGAUCUUACCGAAGAGGAUUUCCGAUUACAGGCGGAUAUUAUACUGAAGCGUGAGGAAGGUUUUCGUGUGCGCCUCAAACCCCGCAAACCACAAGCAUCGAUGAAAUCACCCACACCCACCAACACAGCGGCACCUACUAUGUCUUGAACCAAUUAGUAUUUGCAGCUAUUUAGACUUUUAAAUUUUUAAUAUAAAAAAAGAAAACUUUUCCUUUCUCUAUUAUUUUUACGUAUAUAUUAUUUUUAAAACAAAAAUCAUACUUUUUAGUUUUACUUAAUUUUUGGUUUAUUUGUUUUUUUUUUAUUUUGAUAUUCAUAUAUGUUCGCUAUAAAAUUUGUAGUUAUGAAUUUAUUUAAGAAAACACUUUAUGGUAAUGUGUGGGUAAAAAAUCUUAGAUUGUUAAAAAAUGCCAAUAAUUGAAUUAUAUUUUGGAAAAUAAUCUCCUUCCCGGGAUAGACAUGUAUUGCUGUAAAUUUUAGAAAUUGAAAAAAAAACAGAAAAAUUUACUAAAAUAAACUAUGAAUUCAACGAAA